UUCUCCGAAUAAUGUUUGUUUGUGUGUUUUAUACUUCCUCCAGCUACAUCUCUGGUUGAGAUGUUCCUUCAUUAUUAUUUGUUUUUUCUUCUAUACUCCAGUAAGGGUUUUCUGGCUCUCGCAUGGAAGCCAUACCAGGUUGCAAUUUUUUCACCAACGGGAAUUACGAGACCAAAUUGUUAUGGAGCCCUUAUUUCUGAAGAAUGGGUACUAACACCGAAAAAUUGUUUAGGGGAAAUGCCUUCGCGUUUGGUGUUUGGAGGAAUGCAAAAAAGAAACCAGCGAGUCAUGAUAAUAAGAACUAGAGAUCAAUUCUACAAUUUUGAGUCUCCACUUAAUGUGAUGUUUGUUAAGCUUGAGAAACCAGUGGCCCUAAAUUCCAAUAUAGAACCUAUAUUAAUUAGUUCAUCUGUCGUUCAAGAAGCAGAUGGAAUUGAUAAACAAAAGAAUCCAACAUUUCCACCAUCAAUGAUACGUAAUCCUGCCAAUGUAAGGCCUAAGAUAUCGGAAGCCGUUAAAAUCAUAGCACAAAAUCGACCAACAUUUCCACCAACUAGGAUACGUGAAUCUAUAAUAAAUGGUUCAUCGGAAGCCGUUAAAAUCAUAACACAACAUCGACCAACAUUUCCACCACCUCGUAUACGUGAUCCCAGCAAUAAAGGGCCCAUUGGAAUUGGUGCACCGGAAGCUGUUAAAAUCAUAACAAAACAUCGACCAACAUUUCCACCAUCUGGUAUACGUGGUCCCAGCAAUAAGGAGCCCAUUCGAAUUGGUGCACCGGAAGCCGUUAAAAUCAUAACAAAACAUCGACCAACAUUUCCACCACCUGGUAUACGUGAUCCAAGCAAUAAAAAGUCCAUUCGAAUUGAUACACCGGGAGCUGUUGGAAUCAAGAUAGGACCUCGUCCAGAAUUGCCAUCAUCUAUGACACGUGAUCCCACCAAUAACCUCCCAAUUAAAAUUGUUCCACCGGCCAUUAAAAUUAAGAUGCCACCUCGUCCUCUACCACCAUUGAUACGAAUCAAGACAAAAACAUCAGGCGUUAGAUCGAAGACCCGAAGUCGUCCAACAUUUCCCCCAUCUUGGAUACGUGAUCACCCUUCGGAAGAACAAGGUGGAAAUUCCAAGCCAACAGACAACCAAGCAUCUGAGAGACGAAGCAAAGUCGACCAAGUAGAACCUGUUCACAAUCAUCAAGCGAGGAAACGUCGUGAUUUGAUAGACGUUUUCAUAGAUCCUCUGAGGCUUCUUGAUGAGCCCAGAGAAUUGAGGAGGAGCAUCAUUGAGUUGGCUAGACGUUCUAUCUUUUUGCCUCCACAUCGACCUAUAAAAAUUCCUCUACCAUGAUGUAUCAACUCAACUGGAAUAUUUACCAUGUUCAUUCAUAAAUAAAUCAUGUUGGCCUGUUUUGUAGUCUUCAUAAAUGGAAAUAUAUUCAUCCAUUUUAUCCCAGAUCAAUGUAUUGAUUUCCCAGAUUGAAUAAAUAUUUAUGAACAA